AUGUUAACAUCACCCACGACGGACGACAAAAAACAGGGUAUGCCACUGUUAAAGACCUCAGUUUGCGAGCAAAAUGCCAUCCCCGCGGUUCAUCAUGCCGCAAUUCAACAGAUACACGAUAUUCUGCGUUUUGCAAUCGCCGUCUACGGCGUGCCGUACCACACCGGUUCAUUUUCCACAAUGCUUGGGGUGGCGAUGACCUUCACAAUUCACAAAGAAAAGGUCGAAAGCCUCCCCAAGGCUGUGAAGGACCGGGCCGUGACCGACAUACUCUAUCUUCCACCCUCCGCACUCAAGCUCUCACGCUGGAGCUCUCGCGCCACCGAGGUCAGCUAUGCCGUGCUUGUUGAACACAUUAAGCGCCGCAUAGUGUUAAGCUUUCGCGGGACAAUGACUGAUGGGGAUAUCUUAACUGAUAUUUGCGGCUUCGGGGAGUCGUUCUGCGGCGGAUUAGCGCAUCAAGGUGCGGCUCGUACGGUAAAUGCACUAUUUAAUCAACGCGCAAGCAUUCGACGUACAAAAAGGACCGUGACGACUUCGGGGCAUGCGGACAAAGACUAUUGCCCAUCUCCUGAGAAGAUGGAAGAGGAAGUGCGUAUCCGAGAUUCACCUGACGGCGUUAGGAAUGAAAUAUUUUCACUCAUCAGUAAUAGCCCUGAUCCUUCAUCAUCUAACAAUCACAAUGCCAAAUGUAGACCAAGCGCGCCGCAACUUGAGGAACCCAACACCUCUGAUGAUCUCCUGGAUACCCUCGAGAAGCUGGCGUACACCUUUCCAUCCUACAAAAUCAUCAUCACGGGACACUCCCUUGGUGGCGGGGUCGCCGUCCUUUUUGCGAUUCGACUGUCUUAUGAGCGGUUCUUUCCGCUCAGUGUUCUGCGUCGUAUUCACGUCAUUAGUUUUGGUCCAAUGCCAACGCUCACUUUACCCGCCGCUGGGUGGUUCGACGAGGGCCAGGCUCACUACCUAUUCCCUAUAUGGACUGUUGUGAACGGCUGUGAUAUCGUGCCGCGGCUGCAAAUUAACAGCUUACACCGUCUAUUAGGGGAUAUCUGUAAAGGAAGGGAAGACCCCGCGGAGGGUCCCACCCCUCCUUCUGAUACAACCAUUUCCAAAAUGGAUGGUGAAGAAUCGAGUCAUCAACCGGACAGCGAGCGUUCUGAGGAAGAUCCAACACACGAACUUUACCAUCCUGGAAGGAUAUUUUUAAUGACAUCGCCCUGUGAUUCAAAGAAGAACUGCUUUUUUGAGGUACCACGUGGACAUAAGAGCAUGCAUGAAGCUUUUUUAAUGAGGCCUAUGUUCUACACGCAUAUGAUCGACAAUUACAUGGAGGGACUUAUAAAUAUUAGGUCCUUGAGUGAGUAUAGUACAAACUAA